GACACUUCCACGAGUCUAGCCGGAAGCACGUGUCACUGACGUCACGUGUGGACAACCAAAACAAGUCGAGGCACUGCUGGUCGGUAGUGUUUUCUCUGGUCGACGUUCGCGGCGGUCGAGUUCUGGUCUCAGAAUCGGAACACGGAUGUGACGGUCGCCGGUCCGAGCUGUUAGCGGACCACUAGCUCCCCGCAGUGAAGCUUCAUCUCCGGUGCACAAGCGUCAGGUCUUCUGCUGUCGGUACCUGUGCCGUGGGGUUCGUCCGAGGCAGAAGUUCGGGAGCAGCCUGUGAGCGGAACCAUGACUCAGCAGAGAGGAGUCAACAGCCUGCAGUUCAACCAGGACCAGAGCUGUUUCUGCUGUGCGAUGGAGACUGGUGUGAGGAUCUACAACGUGGAGCCGCUGAUGGAGAAGGGUCACCUGGAUCACGAGCAGGUCGGCAGCGUGGGGCUCUGCUCCAUGCUGCACCGCUCCAACUUGCUGGCCAUCGUGGGGGGCGGAGUCAACCCCAAGUUCUCAGAGAUCUCCGGAGGGAGUGUAAAGUCUUGUAAAAAGCGUCGCAGGUGCAGCCACAGAGAUUACGCAGUUCUGAUCUGGGACGAUGCGCGGGAAUCCCGGGACCCCAAAGACAAGCUGGUGCUGGAGUUCACCUUCACCAAACCGGUCCUGGCUGUCCGCAUGAGACACGACAAGAUUAUCAUCGUGCUGAAGAACCGGAUCUACGUCUACAGUUUCCCCGACAAUCCUGUUAAACUCUUUGAGUUCGACACCAGGGACAACCCCAAAGGUUUGUGUGACCUUUGUCCCAGUCUGGAGAAACAACUGCUGCUUUUCCCGGGACACAAGUGUGGGAGUCUGCAACUUGUGGACCUGUCCAACACCAAACCCGGUACGUCAUCGGCUCCGUUCACGAUCAACGCUCAUCAGAGUGAGAUCGCCUGUGUGGCUCUCAAUCAGCCCGGCAGCGUGGCCGCCUCAGCGUCACGGAAAGGAACGCUGAUCCGACUCUUCGACACCACGACCCGAGACAAGCUGGUGGAGCUGCGCAGAGGAACUGACCCAGCAACCCUCUAUUGCAUCAACUUCAGCCACGACUCGUCAUUCCUCUGCGCGUCCAGCGACAAAGGCACCGUCCACAUUUUCGCCCUCAAAGACACAAAGCUGAACCGUCGCUCUGCCCUGGCUCGGGUGGGGAAAGUUGGUCCAGUGAUUGGUCAGUACGUGGACAGUCAGUGGUCUCUGGCCAGCUUCACCGUCCCAGCUGAGUGCGCCUGCAUCUGUGCCUUCGGGAAGAACACGUCCAAGAACGUCAACUCAGUCAUCGCCAUCUGUGUGGACGGGACCUUCCACAAGUACGUCUUCACUCCAGAUGGAAACUGCAACCGUGAAGCCUUUGACGUGUAUCUGGACAUCUGUGACGAUGACGACUUUUGAGCGGGACAAUGCGCCACGUGAGACGCCGUCUCUUCAGACUCUCCUGCUGAGACGCUGAUGGUGGAUGAGGAGCGAUGAUGUCACAACUGCUGAUCCCUGAUUCAGUGAAUUGGUUCAAGCUCACCUCAGCUCGUUGGUCAGGCUCAACUUCUCUUUUAGUGACAAAUGUUGUUAAACCAUGAUGGUUAUUCUCUUGAACCAAUGAUGAAGUUCUGAUGUUGUGGCUGGAGAGACAAUAAACCGGCCAUUUUCUACAGACCUCAGUGAAGAUGUCAUUUCCCACGUGUCUUUGCCCCUGAAAACUAAUCUUCGUCACCACCAGCAGUUCAUCACAGACUGGAUCAAGUUUCAUUCAAAUCAUUUGACUUUAUUGAAGCAAUGAU